AUGAAGUUCCUCUCGCUCCUCGGUGCUAUCCUGCUCUCGGCCGCUGUGGUUUCUGCCGACUCGUCUGUCGCCACAGGCGCCGACAAGGGCAAAGUUCCGCAGCUGCUCGAGCUCAUCAACAAGCUCGAGCACGCCGAUCCUGCAUCGCCCACCUUUGCCACCGAGUUUGCCGACGAGCUGCCGCGUCUCGCCAAGCUCCACCGCGAGGUGGCUGCGCAGUCGAGCGACCGCCAGGUGCGCCGUCUCUACGGCGACGAUGACGCCGCUCACAAGCUGCUCCAGUUCGUCCAGCUUCAGCCCGCCAAGCGCGAGGCCACCAAGAAGACCAAGGGCGCCAAGGGCGCCAAGUCCGACCACGCCGCCCACCCGGCCAAGAACGGCGAUGCGGUUAACAAAGGCAAGAACGGCGCAAAGACGUCGGCCGCGCACAAGUCUGAACACGCAGCACACCCCGGUAAGAAGGGUGAGGCUGUGAACAAGGGCAAGAACGGCCAAAAGGUUUCCAGCGAGCACAAGUCCGAGCACGCCGCUCACCCCGGUACCAAGGGCGAGGCUGUCAACAAGGGCAAGAACGGCCAGAAGGUUUCCGGCGAGCACAAGCCCCAGCACGCCGCACACCCGCACCAGCAGCAAACGACCAAGCGCGAGGUCAAGGAGUCCAAGAAGGCUGCGUCCAAGAAGACCGAAUCUAAGAAGACGGAGGGUAAGAAGUCCGACACCAAGAAGUCUGAGGGCAAGAAAUCGGAGGACAAGAAGAAGGAGGCCAAGAAAGCCGAGUCCAAGAAGUCCGGUUCCAAGCACGCCGAGCAUGCCAAGCACUCUGCACACUCCGAGCACGCCGCACACGCCGAUUCGCACAAGACGAGCAAGAAGCCUGCCCACAAGCACGCCGCCAAGUCACCUGCCACCCCUCCCACCUCGUCUUAG